GCUCACCUGAUGGCUCCAUUCCGCCUUCGGUAACAGGGAGUUCGCUUUCGGUUCUCUCUCAAUUCUGGGACAACAGGAAGCAGGCUCUGCACAGGAGCGACAAGACCCUUUCGGCCAUCGGUCUGGGUCUCGCCGCACAACUAUCAUUCUCGGUUUUUUUACUUUUGUGUGGGACCAUUUCAUUGAUUCGUCGGCUGUUGAUAUUGAAUCAAACCGAAAACCCAGUGCGGUUUGCUGCGCUGUAAACAGCACUUGUCGAUUUUCAUUUUCGAUGACCUCGUCUCGAUUCGGUGAAACAAUCGUCGGCAAACAGGACCUCCUUUUAUCUACGUAGACUCACCUUCUGCAUUCUGAUCAGUUAGAUAUCGGCUGCCUCAGCUUCUUCGUCUAUGCCGUACAAAUUAAGUAUAUAGAUGCGCCUCGCAGCUCAAGUUCUGAUUCUAAUCUUCUGCAUCAAAUACAGCUCGGCGAGUAGUACACUCUUUAGUUUCAACAUCAACAGCACAUCCAGUUUUUGUUCGGUUCGGUUUUAUGCUGUUCUCCCAACAUCUCGAUCUCCACUUAUUUUCUCAAAACUCAUCUCGAUUUAUCUAAAUUUCUUCCAGCAAGGCACCUGCCACAGCCUCCACGAGUUUUCCGUUUUAUUCAUCCCUCACCCCAAAAAUCAACAACAUGGCCGCCACCGCCCGGAGCAAGGAGGAGGUGAAAGAAUUUUUCGACGACCCGGCGGUUCUGGAGCAGAAAAUCAAGGAAGUCGCCUAUCCUGUGCAAAAGUAUCGUACUCGUAUUGCAAUCAUGCAUUACAAAUCGUGUUCUUAAGCUAAAUCCGCAUUACAAAUUUGAUUUCUCAUGCUGAGGAAAUUUGUGAUGCAUUUAUACGAGUACAACGAUACUUCUUUUGCAAUGCAUAUCGCCGUCAAAAUGAGAAAAGCCAAAUUCGCCAUCGCUUUCACCGGCGCCGGGAUCUCCACGGCCGCCGGAAUUCCGGAUUUCAGAUCUGGCAUGAAUACGGUGUUGCCAACGGGACCGGGGAAGUGGGAGAAGGAUGCAAACGCGAAGAAGCCGCUGAGCAAGCAGGAAAGGAGGAGUGGUAAAACAGAUCGGAUCCAAGACGUGCAAAAAGCGUUCCCGACCUUUACCCAUAUGGCGUUGAAAGCGAUGCUGGACCAGGGCGUUUUGAAGCAUCUCGUGUCCCAGAACACCGACGGGCUGCACUUGCGGUCGGGCGUGGACAAGGCGAAAUUUUCCGAACUGCACGGCAACCGGAACCUGGAGAUUUGCAAAAAGUGCAAAAGAAAGUAUCUACGCGAUUUCCGAACCCGGACCAGUCAGAAAGUGCAUUCCCACGAGACCGGGCGGUUUUGCGACAAUAGUGAAUGUAAUGGCCAACUUCUCGACUCGAUCAUCAAUUUUGGGGAGAACCUACCGAUGGAGGAGUUAGAAUCUGCGGAAAACGCGGCGGUAAAAGCGGAUUUCUGCUUGGCGCUGGGGAGCAGCUUGACGGUGACCCCCGCGGCGGACAUACCGAAAACUGUCGGGGAGAAGCAGUUUGGCGACCUUUUCAUCGCGAAUUUGCAAAAAACCCCACUGGACAAGAUUGCAAGUAGUCGGCUGCAAGGGUACUGCGACGAGGUGAUGCGGUUGUUGUGCAAAGAGAUGGGUGUCGUUGUGCCAAAGUGGAAGCUGGUGCGGGGCCUGCGGAUUGUCAAAGUGCGGUGGAACAAGGACAAUGCUGUUCUUGGACGGGCGUCGAUGAAUACUAAGUCUCCACCUGCGAAAUUACAGAGCGCGAUCGCGAGACUCAGCUCCAGAAGCAGUGGGCGGAACAGUAGUGGAUCCACUUCUAACUCUAACACAACAGCAACUUCUGGGCGUGCGAGAACUACAUCAAACCCGCACGGCUCUGUCGGUGAGAAUGCUGCGACAGCAUCAGAACCUUUUACACCAAUCGCCAACCCCGCCGCUCCGAGUCUCGUCGAGAUCUACGAGAACGAAGAGAACAAAGCAACGAAGGAGCCGAAGCAAGUGGCUUUCGAGAUCCAAGGGUGGGAUCUGAACACCAACGGACCUUACUCGCUGUUCAAACAGGUGGAAUUUCUCGUUUACGAACGGGCGAGUAUCGCGGAAACUGCAAUUUCGAAAAAGUGGCAAGUCGCGAAGCGAAGUACUACGACUGGAGACUACUUGGUGACUUCAACAGAGUGCAUGGAUCCGAAGAUACAGAUCCGCUUGACUUUUCAGGGACACUACAGCGAGCCGGUGCUUGUGCUGCCGUUGGAAACCGGGCCGGUUGGUGGGGGAGGGGGUAGUUUGACGGAUUAUGGAGUGCAGGACACAUUUUAUCGCUUGGAGUUGGAUUUCGAUAGGAUGGAGUGGGGGGUUGGGGUGGUUGGAAGAUAG